AUGGUGUACCUUUCGGAGACAGUUAAGCUCAACAAUGGGUUAGAAAUGCCUUUAGUAGGCCUGGGGCUAUGGAAAAUCCCUAACGAAGUGUGUGCCUCACAGGUAUACGAGGCCAUCAAGUUGGGAUACCGUCUUUUCGAUGGUGCGCAAGACUACGGAAACGAAAAAGAAGUGGGCGAAGGGAUCCGGAGAGCGAUAGAUGAGGGCAUUGUAGAAAGAAAGGAUCUGUUCGUGGUGUCUAAACUGUGGAAUUCCUACCACGAUCCCAAGAAUGUAAAGCCAGCGCUGCAGAGAACGCUGCAGGACUUGGGACUUGACUAUCUGGAUUUAUUUUACAUUCACUUCCCGUUAGCGUUCAAAUACGUACCCUUCGAGGAAAAGUACCCACCGGGCUUCUACACGGGCGCCGAGGACGCCAAGAAGGGAGUCAUCAGCUUGGAAAAAGUGCCUAUCUUGGAUACGUAUCGCGCAUUGGAAUCUUUGGUGGAAGAAGGGCUCAUCAAGUCAAUUGGAAUCUCGAAUUUCCGUGGUAUAUUGAUUCACGACCUGCUUGCUGGCGCCAAGAUCCCUCCUGUGGCCUUGCAGAUCGAACACCACCCAUAUUUGACGCAGGAACAGCUCUUGGAGUACGCUAAACAGGUUGGGAUCCAGGUCGUGGCCUACUCGUCUUUCGGACCCCAAUCGUUCAUCGAACUUGACUCCGAGCUUGCUAAGACCACACCCACGCUUUUUGAGCACCACAAAGUCAAUCAGAUUGCAAGACGCCACGACGCUACGCCUUCUGAGGUUUUGUUGAGAUGGGCCACCCAGAGAGGCAUUGCCAUCAUCCCAAAAUCGUCGAAUAGGGACAGGCUUUCCACCAAUCUCCAAAUCAACGAGAGAUUUACCCUGACAGACUCCGACUUGGACGAAAUAUCUUCUCUCAACAAGGACAUCCGCUUUAACGACCCAUUCACAUGGCUCGACAGCAAGUUCCCAGUUUUCUCCUGA